AUGGGUGCCAUCACAGCAACAGAAUCGUUGAUAGUCUCCCUUUUCUUCGUUUCUUUCUUAGAGGGGGUGUUUGUUAUGUUGAUGGCGACGGGGGUUUAUCUGGCUCAAGCCCAACACCAACGAAAGGAUCGCAAAUGGACCGGCCUCGGUGUUUGCGGGGUCACCUUUUUCUUAUCGACCGUGCAUUUCAUCAUGGUCUUCUACCAAUACUACGGUUUACUCGGAGGCUCUGAACGAUAUUCACCGUCUGACCUUCAGGGUUACGCGAGGUUCAAUCUAGCAUCUUAUCCCGUCGCCUACUUGAAUGUUAUGGUCGCGUGCUUGAUCUUGACAUGGAAGGCUUGGACGCUAUAUGACCAGAGUUGGGCAAUCGUAGCUGGCGGAGUUACUGGGACUGUUGCUUUGGCAGUGGCAUCCUACGGCUUCGUAGCCGUCAGCUAUCAGGAGGUCCCCAAUUUAGUAGGCUCGGCCAUCGACGACUUCUACUCCGUAGCUAGAACCGAACCAAUUCGCGCCUGGGCUCUGAGUUCCAUCGUGCUCACUGUCGUAACAAGCGUCGCCUUGACUGGUUUGAUCAUGGCCAAAUUGAUAGCCCAGCAACGAGCCAUGAGGGAGUACUCGUCUGCGGUGUUUGAUCUGCUGCUUUUCUUCGAAUCUGGAGCUCUCUUUGCGUCCGGAUGGAUCAUCUACCUUGUUCUCUUCCUCGUAGAUAACCAAGCGACUAUCCUUACCUUUGACUCGAUGUCUCAGCUUUCUGGCAUUGUACCUUCCCUUAUUAUCAUACUGACAUCUGCUGGAGCGACCAUCGUGACACCCCGAGUGUAUACCGACCGACGACCCACCAUAGCAUCAUCCCGCGUCGAAACAAGUAUGCAGUUCGGCGGCCCUGCCGACACUGGCUUCUCUGUGAGUAUGGGUGGCGAUUCGACAGAGUUGGAAACAAAGAUAAGUUCCAAGAAGUCGAAAGAGCGCCUCUACGUGAAUUGA